CAGCGGCCCCUUGUUUUAGUCCCACCUCUUGCCAUUUCCGCCAACUCCUCAGUCAGACAUAUUCUUCUCCUCCUCCUCCAAUUAUAAAAAAAGUCCAUCCUCACAACCUUCAGCUCUCAGCUCCUCGGCUCCUGCCCUUUCCCCUUCCCUUUGACCCUCGUCGAGAAGGCGAUGGAAAGCCACUGACCGGGAGCAAGAUGAAUCAGUUUCAGUAUGAUGAGUUUUUCAUUCAUCCGAGCGAUUUGGAAGAUACGAGGAGAGGAAUUUUUCCAAUCGCGUCGGUUUCUGUUUCCGACGAUGUAGCUACUUCAUCGGUUAAAGACAUCCAGGACGGGCAUCUCCAUUACCAGAUGGGAAAUCACUUCUUGGAUGAGAACGAUUCGCCGAGCACUUCCUCUAUGAGCGCGAGCAGCGAGAUUGAAGUUCCGGAGUUGUCGUCCGACACGGUGUUCAGUUACAUCAGUCAGAUGCUGCUGGAGGAGAACAUGGACGAUAAGUUCGAUGUGUAUCCGGAAGAUCCAGCUCUUCUGGCCGCUGAGAAACCCUUCUUCGACAUCCUCGGCGAGAGCUUCCUGCCUUUGCAAGAUAAGAACUCCAGCCCUGAUGGUGGUGCCAACGACGGCGUUCUUGCCGGCGAUAGCUGGCCUUAUGAUCCUUUCGAGUAUCAUCAGCUGCAGACGGAUCCUGUUCCUGUUGAUUACUCUGCUCUGUCUCCAUUUUCCUCGGCGAUAGAGGACUCGGCGUUCUCGGUGGAUGAUCUCCUCGCUCAGAGCGCUCCUGCUUGGCAGUUCCAGCAGGGCCUUGAAGAAGCUCGCAGCUUCCUUCCCAGUGAUGAAAAGUUGGUGAUCGAUUUGGAGGCCAACAGGCUUCGGUUCCCUACAGAACCAGUUCAUGCGUCUCGGGGGCGAAAGAUUCAGCACGAUGACGACGAUUUGGAAUUGCAGGAGGGGAGAAGCAACAAGCAGCCAGCUUUCUCCAAUGCCGGACCUGUCAGUUCAAAGUUCUUCGACGACUUUCUGCUCUACGGCUGGGACAACAAGGGCGAAAGGAAGAGCGAUCCGAAGCAAUCUGAAUCGGAGAACGAGGAAGCGAACAGAAGUUCUAAUGCCAGCGGUCAAGCCAAAGCGUCAACCGGUGCCACCGGAAAAGGCCGAGGGAGGAAGCAACCCAAAGAGGAGGUGAUCGAUCUCAGGGCACUUCUCAUUCAUUGCGCGCAGUCCGUGGCCAUAGACGACCGGCGCAGCGCUAACGAUCUUCUGAAGCAGAUCAGACAGCACGCCUCCCCCACCGGCGACGCAAACCAGAGGCUGGCGGCUCGCUUCGCUGACGGCCUCGAGGCGCGACUGUCCGGCACGGGGAGCCAGGUCUACCGUUCCAUCGUGGCCAGAGGAAUCUCCACCGUCGACAUGCUGAAAGCUUACCGGUGUUACAUGUCCGCAUGCCCUAUCAAGAAGAUCAGUUACUUCUUCGCCAAUCGAACAAUUAUGAACGUCGCCAAGGACGCCGCCAGGCUGCAUAUAAUCGACUUCGGCAUCUACCACGGAUUCCAAUGGCCGUACUUCAUUCGCCGUCUCGCCGACCGGCCAGGCGGCCCUCCGAGGCUCCGGCUGACCGGCAUCGACGUCCCAAGGCCUGGCUUCCGGCCAACCGAGCGCGUGGACGAAACAGGACAGCGCUUAGCUGACUACGCUCGCAGGUUCGGCGUUCCGUUUGAGUUCCAAGCGAUCGCGACCAAGUGGGAGACCAUCCGGAUCGACGACCUCAACAUCGCCGACGACGAGAUGCUCGUCGUCAACAGUCUGUUCCAGUUCAACAACUUGAUGGACGAGACGGUGCUUGAGGAGAGCCCGCGAGACGCGGUGCUGAGGACCAUACGAGACCUCAACCCGUCCGUCUACAUCUGCGCGAUUGUGAACGGCUCGUACAAUUCGCCGUUCUUCGUCACUCGGUUCCGGGAGGUCCUGUUCCACUACUCCUCCCUGUUCGACAUGAUCGAGGCGAACGUCCCGCGCGAGGACGAGGCCAGGCUGCUGAUAGAGAACAACAUCUUCGGCCGGGACGCGCUCAACAUCAUCGCCUGCGAGGGGGCGGAGCGUGUCGAGCGGCCGGAGACGUACAAGCAGUGGCAGGUGAGGAAUCUCCGCGCCGGCCUUAAGCAACUGCCGCUCGCGCCGGACGUGAUAAAGACGGCGAGGGAAACGCUGAAGGAGUACCACAAGGACUUCGUGAUCGAUGUGGACGGGCAAUGGCUGCUGCAAGGGUGGAAGGGAAGGAUCACCUAUGCCCUCUCCUCGUGGAAAUCCAACAACACCGCGCGCUAAGCAGUAGCUAGGUCUGGCAGUUGAGGAUUCUGCAUGGCAUUUGACUUCCGUCCUCCAUGGCGUUGAGAAGAACUGUAGCAGGAAGCUUCAUAUUGCCACUGUAGAGCUAGGAUGUGUAUUUUUAUUUAUUUAUUUUUGUUAACCCUUGAAGCUGUUAUUUGAACUGAUUAAUUCGGGAAGAGAUCAAUUAAACUUUACGAAUAUUUUUCAUUUA